AUGAAUAAUAAUUAUUAUUACACCAUAGUCGACGAUAAUAUUAAUCAUCAUAGUACUAGCAACAAUAACAUCAAUACGACGAGUAAUAAUAAUAAUAUUAAUAUUAAUAAUAUUGUCAAUCGUAAUAAUAAUAAUAAUAAUAAUAAUAAUUAUUCUCAUCCCAACGUUGCGAUCACUACCUACCCGAAACCUUCGUCCCACAGCUCAUCAUCGGCAUCAUCUGCCACUCAAGUACAGACGCAACACAAUAAUAAUAAUAAUAAUGAUUUUUCAUCGUCAUCGACUAUACAUCUAAAGAAUAAUCGAAAUAAUAAUCAAGUACAACAGAUUCAAUCAAAUACUACAUUUAUACCAAAUCAACAACAACAACAAAAUCAACAGCAGCAGCAACAGCAACAAUAUCAUUUAGAAUUAUUUCGUAAUUCAUCUUUACCUGCUUUACCUUUACAUAAUAAUCAACAACAACAGCAAUAUAUUCAACAACAACAACAACAACAACCAUCACACCAAAAACAAUCUAAACAACAACAGCAACCUAUAGUAACAUCAUCUGUUGUUAAAACUUUAAAUAAUAAUAAUAAUAAUAAUUUUGUAGUUUAUUCACAACCUUUGAGUAAUAAUAAUAAUAAUACAUCAUAUCAAACUACGACAACGACUACGACGACGACAAGACAAGUUACAACCCAGCCAAUCAUACAAAAUAACACAACAUUGUAUCCAAUACCAAAAAAAACAACAGUCAUGGCCGAUACCAAUGGUAGCAGUAGCGGCGGUAAUAGUGGUAAUGAUCAAUUAUCAUCGUCAGGAGCAAAUGUUAUGAAUAAUAUGAGAAAUGCAAUAUCUGCUUCCCAAUCAUCUUUACAUUCUUUACAACAACAACAACAACAAAAUAAUAAUAAUCAACAACAACAACAAAAUAACUCCAACUCCAACUCUAACGACUCUAAUGACUCAAACUCAAACUCAAACUCCAACUCCAACUCCAACUCCAACUCCAACUCUAACAACUCUAAUGACUCAAACUCUAAUAAUAAUAAUAAUAAUAAUGAAAGUAUACUAGAUAUGAUAAGAUUUCGUGGAUCGACAGUGCGAUUUUUAAGAAUUUACGAAGAUGCUAUAACAGAAAAAUUAAAUACAAGAAACAAUCAACCAAAACCAUAUAGUAGACCUGCAUCUCGAGAAAAUAAUAAUAAUAAUAAUAAUAAUAAUCAAAAUAAUAAUAAUAAUGGAAAUGUAAAAUCACCACUUUUAAAUUCUCAAUCUCAAUCCUCUUCUUCUCAGUCUUUUAAUAUUUCCUUAUCAACAUCUGCACCAUCAAUUCCAAAUAAUAUUUCCGUCAACAAUAAUAAUAAUAAUAAUAAUAAUCUUAAUGGUAAUUUGGAUAUUGAUACAAUAUCAAUUCAUAAUAGUAUGAAUGGUAUAAAAAAUGGUUGGAAUGCAUCGAAAUGGGAGAAAUGUGAAUCGAUGAUAUCACAUUUGGACACUCCAAGUUUUACAACUAUUCCCAUACCAACGGAAAUCUACAAUUGUCCAGUAUGGGGAUGUAGCCAUAUUUUUUCAAAGUACAAAGAUAUUGAAAUUCACUUUUCAAUGGUUCAUUCUAAUCGACGUCAUGGAUUUCACCCACUGGACUCUAGAGGUGUUGAUCUCUUGUCAUUGUCUGAAAUUUCCGAUCAAAUGGUAUUGGAACGUUAUUCCAAAACCUCAUUGCCCUUUGUCACUAUUGGAUUACCCAAAUCUUGGCAACACGAUGAUAUUUCAGUUCAAUAUCUUCAACAACAAUAUGGUGACUCUAUGACUCUAUGGAAUAUUGUCGAUGAGUAUGGUCGCAAUCGUCAAUACAUUGGAGAUUUUUCAAAGUUUUGUUCAGCCACUCCACGUGCCUUUAGAAAUAAUUGUUGUGUAAAGGUUCAUUGGAAUAUUCCAUCAACUUGGGAAUCAUUACCUCACUUUUCACCAAAUUAUCUAAGUCUCUAUAACUCUGAUAAUAAUAAUAGUGGUAGCGGUAGCAGUGAUCUUUUAUCAGAUCAACUUUUAAAAUCUCAUAUAUUUUUGGCUGGUUCUGGUUCAAUCAUUUCACUUCAUAGACAAUUUUCAGAUUUAUCUAUUAUUUUAUUACAAGGUUUACAUAGAGUAAUAUUAUUUCCACCAAAUAAAAUGGUAGAGAUGGCAUAUCAAAAUAAACAAAUUCAAAAUAGUUCAAAUGGUAAAAAGAACAAAUAUAUUUAUUUUGAACCACAGUUAUCAAAUGACGAUGUUGAUUUGAUUGGUAAAUAUUCUGGAAGAGUAGUUUUCUUGAGAGCAGAAGAAACUAUCUUUAUUCCUGCUGGUUGGUAUUUUCAAGUUACAGUUUUAGAAGAUGAUUCAAUUUCAAUUCAUUAUCAAAAUAUUAAUCAAAAUAAUAUAGAAUUUUAUUUACAACAACCAUCAUCAAACAAUCAACAAUCAUCAACAAACAAUCAACCAAAUCCAACUAGUAUGAAACAAUCACUUCAACAACAAGCAAAUUCAUUUAAUAGUAGUAAUUAUGGUGGAACAUCAUCAACGGGAGGAAAUAUCAACAAUCAUUACUCUUUUGGAAAUAUUGAAUUUAUUAAAACCAUUGUUGGAGAUGUUUUAAAGAGAUCGAAUCAUUGGAUUAAAAAUCAAAGCAAUUUUAGAGGAUCAAGUGUACAAAUCCUAGAGACAACAAGCAAACGUUGGAACAACUAUCAAUGCUCACUCGAUCAAAGAACAGCCUAUAGUCAAAUCAGAGCAACCAUGUAUGAAUGUCAUACCCUCAUAUCUGCUUCCUACCUCGCCAUCCAAGAUCGAAAAUUGGAUGAAAAAAUUAGAACCGAAUUCCAACGUCUUGUAGAAUCACUUAAAAAAUCAACUCAUGAUUUAAAUUAUAUUUUGAUUGGUAUGAGUGGUAGUCCUUUUAUUUAA